AUGCCACAUCACACUCUAAUAACCGAUCGAUCAACCCUCCUGUCCUCAGACCCUCCUGUCCUCAGACCCUCCUGUCCUCAGACCCUCCUGUCCUCAGACCCUCCUGUCCUCAGAAACUCACCUGUCCUCAGACCCUCCUGUCCUGCCGCUGUGCUGCUGCCUCCCUCCAGCAGGGGUCGCUGUCUCUCUCCGCUCCGUUCUCUUCUCUCUGCUUCUUUCUCGUCGUCGACGCGGAACUCGGAGUGUUUACCUCCCCGCUGGCUCUCUUUGUUCUGGAGGCUCCGAGUGCGGAGAAGCCGCAGAAUGUGCGCCGUGCAGCUGCUGCGGGUGUCGGUCCAUGAGCGGAUCAGCGCCGCCGCUGAAGACUUUCUCCUGCAGCUGGAAAAAGGACAAGAAGCGGCGGAGCUCCCGGCGCUGAGAGCGCUGCUCACCGAGCGGCUAACGGCGGCUGCGGAGGAGAUCGUCGGUCUGUUGGAGGAAACCGUGGCGGACUACGAGGACCGAGUGGAGCGAUCAGAGCGGGAGAUCUGCCGCCAGAGGAGGCUGCUGGAUGCCGUGCUGAAGCCCGAAGUCCGGCUGUACCGAGCAGGUCAGUCCCCGGUAGCUGCUGCCGGAGACAGCCGAGUUGACCCGAGUGCUGCCGCACCGGGAAACACUGAACAGACAGGUAGAGAGGGGCGGAGCUACCAACACCUGGACACAGAGUCUCUGCAGUCGGUGAGCGACUCGAACCUCCAUCCUCCACUCGACCCUGCAGACCUGAUUGACCAUGAUGUCAGCGAUGCGUCUAUGCCGCCCUCACCGUCCUACCAGCCGCCGGUGUCCGGCAGCAGCGACGGAGACCCGGACAGCGACUGGGGCGAGCAGAAGCGGGGACUUGGCCCUCAGAGGAGGAGGAAGAAGAGAGGACGGCCGCCGCUUGCCAUCAACAAACGAAAACGUUCAAGUCCGGCUCAGCUGUUCAACUGUUAUGUUUGUGGCCGCUCUCUGCAGGGGAAAGGCUUCCUGCUCAAACACGUGCUGCACGCCUGCGCCAACAACGCGGACUACCGCUGCGGCUACUGUGGCGAAUGUUUGGACUCCGUGGACAACCUAAAGGCUCACGUUGAGGAACACCAGCAGAACAGCAAGACGUGCUCGUUCUGCGGGAAAACCUUCCACUCCAUCCUGGCGCAGGAGCUGCAUGUCCGACUGCACACCGGCGAGAAACCCCACAGCUGCCACGUCUGCGGCAAGAAGUUCAGCCAGAAAGGCAACCUGACGUCGCACCUGCGCGUGCACGCCGCCGAAAAGCCCUUCAAAUGUAAGGAGUGCAGCCGUGCCUUCUGCCACAUGACCUCGCUCGAGCGCCACAUGGAGGAGCACAGCGGCGCGGCGGUGCAUGCAUGCAGCGUCUGUGGUCAGGAGUUCAGUAAACGCCACAGUCUACGGCGGCACAUGGUGACUCAUCAGAAGGACGCCGUGCCCAAACCGAAGAGGUGCCGCGGCCCUGCGCUGUCAUACUGCUGUAAGGUUUGUAACCUCGCCUUUGACAGAAAGAGCCUCUUGGUGAAACACGUGGAGAUGCACCUGCAGGACACCGAGCACUGCUGCGGACUAUGCGGACACCAGUAUGAGUCCGCCGACAGCCUCGCCACGCACCUGCGCUCCCACCGCGACACCGGCAGCACAUGUGACACUUGUGGGAAGUGCUUCCCGGGUCACUCGGCACUGCUGAUGCACCUGCGGAUCCAUACAGGUGAGAAACCGUACGCCUGCAGCUACUGUGGGAAGGCCUUCAACCAGAGCGGCAACCUGAAAACACACCUUAAAAUUCACACCGGUGAGCGUGCCUUCUCCUGCAGCCUCUGCGGGAAAGGCUUCACGCAGAAACAGACACUUGACACUCAUGUCCGCUUUCACAACAAAGAGCGCCGCUACCUGUGCCAGGUGUGCGGGAAAGGCUUCAUGCAGGAUGUGGACCUGAAGAGACACAUGCUGAUCCACACUGGUGAGAAACCGUACGGCUGCCGCAUCUGUGGGAAAAGCUUCCAGGCCCGUCGCUCACUCAACGGGCACCUGAAGGUUCACACUGCUGGAGCAGCCAGCGCCGCUGCAGAGGACGAGGUGGAGCCGGUGGACGGAUUCUACUCAGGAUUCAUCCAGCUGUAGAGACGUCUGCUGGUCGGAGGGCUGGAACGUGUUUGCAACAUCAAGAUCUGAACAAUGCAUUGAUCAGUCAGGUUAUUGGUUUGUCGAUCAGGACUUUGAUGAUCGAUUGAUUGUCCCAGUUUCAUUCUGAACAAUGAUUCUGUUUUCUUUAGCAAAUCAUGAUCUGUCUUCAGUUCGUCUUUUUGUCUGACUGUGAACUCCAUGUUUUCACUGUAUUUGCAAUCUUCAGUUUAUUGAUCAGCUGAUUGAUCAACUCAGUGUUCAGUUACAAAUUUCCUAAUUUUUUCAGCUGUUGUUUAGCAUCUUCAUCUUGCACUUACUAUAUUUUUUGUUCACAGAAGAUAAAAACUAAGUCAGACUGCUCAGAAAACAGAACGCAUGUUUUUCAUUCAGUUAAUCGAUGAUGAAAAUUAUCGUUAGCUGCAGAAGUAUUGAUCGAUUAAAGAGCUGCAAGCGUGAGGCCUAUAGUGAUGUUCACAAGUUUAAAACAAUUUGAUGAGAAUGUAUUGAUCCGUCAUUUGUGUUUGAGAUCUCUUCAUUAUGACCUCGUCUGUAAAACUCUCCUCAGUCUGAGCUGAUCAACACAUUAUUGAUCAUCUCAGUGAUGAUCAGUGACGCUGCCUGAGAUCCUGAGAUGUGAAUGAGCUGCUGGUGGUGAAUCUGCUGAUCUUCUCCUCUUACGGUGUAUUGAUCAGUGUAUUGAUUAUUGGUGAUUUAUUGAUCAGUGUGUUGAUCAGCGUAUUGAUUAGUAUAUUGAUUGGGGAUGUUAAUCAUUGUAUUGAUUGGUGGUGUUGAUCAGUGUAUUGAUCAGCAAUACCAAUCAAUGUAUUGAUUGGUAAUAUUGAUCAGUGUAUUGAUUGGUGGUGUUGAUCAGUGUAUUGAUCGGGAAUAUUGAUUGUGGUAUUGAUCGGUUUUAUUGGUCAAUGUAGUGAUCAUGGUAUUGAUCAAUGUAUUGAUCGGUUAUGUUGAUCAGUAUAUCAAUUGGUUGUAUUGAUCAGUGCAUUGAUCAUAGUAUUAAUCAGUGUAUUGAUCUUGGUAUUGAUCAGUGGUAAAGAUCUAUGUAUUGAUCAGUUGUACUGAUCAAUGUAUUGAUUGUGGUAUUGAUCUGUGGUGACCUGCAGCAGGUGAAUGUUUCAUAAUUCAUAAUGCGACUGUAACAACAUGUCAGAUUGUUUCUGUUUCAGUUGUGACUCUGCAGGUUUCAGAUUUGGUUUGACCUGCAAGAGAUUGACAGUCACAGCUGGAGAGAACCAAACAUCAGCUAAAGAACACCUGAGAGGUCUGCAGGUUCCUCACCUGUUUCCAUCAGAGCCUCUAAUCAGAUGUCAGCAAAUAUUGAUCAUCUGUUUCAGAUUCACAAACUUUCAUACUUUCACUGAUUGUCUUCAAUAAAAUCAGUGUUUCUGUUGUGA